CCUAAUGAGUUGCUCCAGGCCCAUCAUUGCACUCUCCAACAAUGCGAGCUACGAUACCGAACUUGCUGAACCCUAAACCCUUCUUAGCAUUCAGAAGUGUAGUGUGUAGAACAAUUCCUUCCAUCUUCGCCUUCGUUUAGCUAUGGCGAAGAACAGAAACAAGAAGAGAAAUGGCCCAGCUGCUAUGGAUGUUUCCACUGACCAGACGGUCACGGGUCCCCAGGCAAUGGAUACUUCAGAAUCAGCAGCUCCAAAACAAAAUAUAGGUGGAUCACAUAGGAGUACAGAUGAAAAGGACAAAGAAUGUAAGGAAAAUGAAAGCCAUCGCAAAGGCUAUUUCAAAAAGUGAGAAAUUGGACGAAAGAAUCACUAGGAGCGAAAGCAAGAUAGAGAGAACGAAAGAUGCCAAAAAAUUAUACGAGUGAAUAGUUCUUUUUUUGUGAUUUUAAUUCUGAAUGAGUGGUGAUUUUGUUUUGUUAAAGUUCUCACCAAGGGCCAGUAAUCAGUAUAAGAGUUAUCUUUCAUUAUAAUUGCCUAAUUCUUUCUCCAAA